CUUUGCAUCGAGAGGUCAUAGGAAGAGGCAUAUUUUUUUUUAUUUUUAUCGAAAAGUUUUAGUACAAGAGCAAUGUCGUUAACUAAAACAUUUAUUUAUUUUAUAAUUUUUACUUACUGUCUUAUAAGUGUCAGCUGUGACUCGGAUUUGCAAUGUUAUGUAUGCACCGACUGUGAGUUUAAUUAUGAGGGUACGGCAACGACUUGUCAAGACAUUCUACUAACAACUGUUACACCUGACGAAUCAACAACUAACAUUGGAGAAACUUACAGUACAGACAACAGAAAUAACCAUGACACUACACAGCCAACAGAGACAACGGAUUUUUCUACAACCGAAGAAACCGCAUGCACUGAAAUACCAGAAACCACAACUCAUAUAACAGCAUUAACAACUGAAAAUUCUGCAAACCCGAAACCGAAGACCACGAACCCUCCCUUUAAGAUAACAACAAAAUUCUCUCCACCAAUAGAAACUUCUAGUAUCCCAGUAACUACUGAAACAACCAGUACAGAAUCUUCAUUAAUACCUGCAAUAACUGAAACCACCACAGCAAUUUCUACAACGGAACUUUCCCCUAUUAUCUCAACACUUACGUCAACGACAGAAGCUUUGGAUACUACUACCUUAGGUAUUAAUACUAAAACGACACAAACUGAUGGUCUAGAAAGUACUAUAACACCUGUAAUUACUAGCACUCUUUCAGAAGCUGAAAUUUUUAUUUCAACUACAGAACCCAGUGUGACUACAUCUAAAACUACGAUAUUAGGUAGCAAUACCAAAACUACACAAACAGAAGGUCUAGAAAGUACUGUUACACCUGUAAUUACUAGCACUCUUUCAGAAAGUAUUAUUUCCACUACAGAACCCACUGUAACUACUUCGGGAGGAAGUAACUCUGUAAGCAAUACAGUAACGUCCACGGAGACUUCAAUCACUAUCCAAUCUACUUUAAGUCCUGAAACUUUGGCAUCUACCACAGACAAAUCUAUGACUACGUCUGAGAGCUUACCUUCAACGACAGACGCUUCGAGUACUACAAACAUGGGUACAGAAGGAUCGUUAGAAACCGGAGGAACAGAAUCAACAGAAUCUUCUAUAUUACCAACUACUACCGACCCGUCAUCGCAAGCCGCUGUAGAAUCAACUACGAAUAGUGAUUUAGGAUCUACAAUGGUUACAAAUUUAUUGGAUAACGAACCAAAUGUUAUGAUGGUCGAUGAUACUAAGAAGUACGGUUCAAGAUACAGGUUUAUAAGGGCAGUUCAAGCGAAUCAAGAUGCGGGACCUAAGCCCCGCUGUAUUGUUACUGCUUAUAAAGAACAAAAUAAAACAAUAGUGGUGCGUGGCUGUUCAUUUGGAAAAGAAGAAGAGAAUUGCAAUUCGUUGUUAGAUGGAAACGUUAAAAUGAAUAAUAGCAAAUGUUUUGUCUGUAACACUAAUCUUUGUAAUUCGGCAUCAACUGCUAUCGUCUCUACUUUUAUUCUAAUAGCAAUGAUUUUGAUUGUUCUCUAACUUUCCUGUGAGUGAUUUUUACGUUAGGCGCCAUGGGCGUUUAGCUCUGAACUAAAAAUACGUUACGUAUACGUUAAGGAGUUGGUUCAAUGUAUAUUAUUUACGUAGAAUAUGUAUAUAUUUGUAUUUUAUGCAUAGAGGCUUUCCUGCGUGUAUUUUACAGGCCUUAUCACUCAUGGCUUCACUAACAUUAAAAUAACAGUAUUAACACGAAAUAUGUGAUACCGUCUUAGUUUAUAAAUGUAAAUAAAAUUAUUUAUUAUACA